AUGUCGUUCCGUGGAGGCGGACGUGGAGGAGGUGACCGCGGUGGCCGCGGCGGCUUCUCGUCUCGUGGUGGCCGAGGCGGCUUCGGUGGCGGAGGACGCGGCGGUUACGCCAACGCCGGUCCCCCCGAGACAGUACAGCCCAUGGGCUCCUUCUUGCAUGCCGUCGAGGGCGAGAUGCUCUGCCAGUCCACCGACGCAAAGCACGUUCCCUACUUUAACGCACCCAUCUACCUCGAGAACAAGUCGCAGAUCGGCAAGGUCGAUGAGAUUCUUGGACCCAUCAACGAGGUCUACUUUACCGUCAAGAUGGACCCUGGCAUGGUGGCCACUUCUUUCAAGCCAGAAGACAAGGUGUUCAUUUCGGGCGAGAAGCUGUUGCCCAUCGAGCGAUUCCUGCCCAAGCCGAAAUCGUUGACAAAGGCGCCCAAGAAGAAGGGCGGUGCACGAGGUGGAGCGGCUUUCGGCGCACGGGGCCGCGGCGCACCAAGAGGCCGUGGCGGUUUCGGCGGUGGACGCGGUGGUGGAUUCUCGGGUGGCCGCGGCGGCGGCUUCGGCGGCGCUCGUGGCGGUGGCCGUGGUGGUGGAUUCAGCGGUGGACGUGGCGGUGGAUUCUCGGGCGGCCGUGGUGGCGCUGGUGGCCGAGGCGGUGGAUUCGGCGGCCGUGGCCGUGGUCGCGGCGGCUACUAA